CAGAGGAGCAUGCUAGAAAGGUUGAUGGCUUUGAGCAAGGAUGACGAUGCAGAGCCAGAGGAUCUACUUGGAAGUAGCGGCACUUCUUCGUCAAUGGCCCUGAACGUGAUCAAAGCAGGCACAAAGAACCAAAAGCCAUCAGUCAAAACGCC